CACCAAUACCAGAAACACAAAUACAAUUACUAUCAAACUUCACUAGUAAGACGAAGAGAACAAGAUACACUACGAUUAAGGAAAAAAAACCCUUUAAAUCAACUAGAGAUGAGCCACAUAAGAUCAACGAAGGAAUAUUAAACUGAACACCAAGAUACUGAUUUGAAAAGGAUGAUCCCGGUCAAAGUACAUUUGUGCCCUUUGUGAUUCGAAAGCUUCAUUUCAAACCUUGGUAUAAGCUCUAUCUCUUCAGUCUUCACCUUAUCAAGUUAUCAUCACCAUCACUUUAAUUUCAAAAAUUGAAGCUAUGGAGUCAUACAAAACCCUAGAAAUCGAACGCAAGAACACUGAUUCCUCUGUAUUUCACCUCAUCCUCAACAGACCAUCACAGCUCAACGCCUUAUCCCUCGAUUUCUUCGUCGAGUUCCCCAAAGCUCUCUCAUCUCUCGACCAAAACCCAGAUGUCUCCGUCAUCAUCAUUUCCGGCGCCGGGAAACACUUCUGCUCCGGCAUCGACCUCAGUUCCCUCUCUUUAAUCAAGGCCCAAUCCUCGUCAGGUAAAAACGAUAGAGGACGCUCGAGCGAGCUCCUACGCCGUAAGAUCAAGUCGAUGCAAGCUGCGAUCACGGCCGUCGAGCUCUGCCGGAAACCUGUGAUCGCCGCUAUACACGGCGCGUGUAUCGGAGGUGGCGUUGAUCUCGUUACGGCUUGUGAUAUUAGGUAUUGCUCUGAGGAUGCUUUUUUCUCGAUUAAGGAGGUUGAUCUAGCGAUUGUCGCGGAUCUUGGCACGCUUCAGAGGUUGCCGAGUAUCGUUGGGUAUGCGAACGCCAUGGAAUUGGCGUUAACGGCUCGGAGAUUCUCAGGUGGUGAAGCGCAGGAGCUUGGUUUGGUUUCUCGGGUUUUUGGAUCUAAAUCGGAUCUUAUCGCUGAAGGAAUAGCAGCCAAGUCUCCACUAGCUGUGACAGGGACAAAGGCAGUGUUAUUAAGAAGCAGAGAGGUGAGUGUAGAACAAGGUCUAGACUACGUAGCAACUUGGAACUCGGCUAUGCUUAUAUCAGACGACCUCAAUGAAGCUGUUUCUGCUCAGAUGAAGAAAAGAAAACCUCGUUUUGCUAAACUGUGAUCCUACAGUCUCUGUUCCUUCUUGUCUUUCAAAGACAGUAUUAUCGUUCUUCCGGUAACAAAGUAAUAAGUUCAUUCGUCAAAGAAGUGUAGCUAUUGAUAGUUCCUUAGUUAUCAAAUAAAAUCUAUAGAUAAAUGGUCUUAUUCACAUGGUCUUAUUGACUCUACUUAGUGCACAUAAGUCCUAUUUGGUAAAUGCUAUACUUCUACUAUCGGUUUGUUGUUGUAACAGGAUUCAUCAAUAUGUUUAUUUAGUAUCUGUGUCUUCUCUGCA